GUGUUCGUUCUUGGCUCUGUGUUUCUAUCGUUUCUAUGGCCGUUUGCCUUUCUGUUCAGUGAAUAAAUAACUUAUUAAUUGAAGUAGGCUGGUUGCACAAAGCAGAAAAUGACUUCCGGACUUUGGUUCCGUUUCCGUGUUGCACUGGAACGAUUCGAACAGGCACUUCCAAGCCUACUAGGAUUCCCCGGUCGGUUUCCUCCUCCAAAUUGUUUUGCCCUGGCCAGUAUCGAAGCCGAUCGGCUACCAGCUGCGAACAGUACAAAACCAUUCAGCCUGCAAGACCUGCUAGGCGAUGGCAUUCUGUGGGCCGUGCCGAAACAUCGACGUACAGUGGAAAAGCGUUUGAAGCGGAAAUAUGGCACCCCGGAGUACAAGUUGAAGAUAUUGGUCCCAAAGAAACAUCUACGUAUUUGUUCCAACUGCGGCAGUGACCACGAAGUGGGCAUCCUGUGUCCGACUUGCUACAAAAAGGUGCGAACCGAAACGGAACAGAUUCAGGAAAAGAUACAAGCCGAGCUUGGACUUGAUCCCGUCGACAAGGAGGUUGUUGUGUUGUACGAUCGCGAAAAAGAAGACCAACCGGAGGAAUUCUGGAUGGGUAAGAGAAUUGUGGAGAUGCCCAAGACGCGGCCGAACUGGUUCAGCAAGAACCUGCUGCAACGAAGCACGCAGCAGGACGAUCAAACCACUGCAGUGAAACCGGAUGCGGAAAAGUUAGGUUAGUUUCGUUUGUUCGGUUAUUUGUAGAUUUGAAUAUACGUUUAAA